GUCAGCAACAGCUUGAGUUGAGAGCUUUUCGAGUAUAGAAAAUCCCAAAAAUGGAGUCAUUUCAAAGGGCCAGAGACAACAUUCCUAUGUCCCUUUCACAAAAAUUCAUUGUCCCAGAAGAGCAUAGGCCUAACCUCUCACAAAUUUCAACUCAGGCCUCAAUCCCCAUCAUUGAUCUGAGUUUUGACCUUAAUGAUCAUGACCCCCCUUCCCCUUUAUUGGUUCAGGAGAUAUUACAAGCUUCUGAGGAAUAUGGCUUCUUCCAAAUCAUCAACCAUGGAGUCCCUCAAGAUUUGUGCAAGAAGACUAUGACUGCCGUUGCUGAUUUCUACAGUUUGCCUUCUCAAGAAAGGUCUCAGUUUACAGAUAGCACCAAGCCAGUCAAAUUUACUGAAUACUUACUCAAGUCCAAAGACCAAGAGAAUGCUAAUGUCUCAUUGUGGAGUGAAUCCUUAAACCAUCCUUGGGAUCCUGCUGGAGAUUUUGCCUCUUUACUACCCCAAAAUCCUCCUCAAUAUAGAGAGACUUUUGCCGAAUAUGCAAAGGAGAUAGAUAAGGUAAUGAAAAGACUUUUUGGGUUAAUAUCACAAGGGCUCGGGCUAGAGAAGGAUUACUUGGAAAAGAAGUUAGGUGAGAAUCCAUGGUUGACAGCACUAGCCAACUUCUUUCCACCAUGUCCAGACCCUGAGCUCACUCUUGGGAUGUCUACUCAUACUGAUCUCAGUGCCCUCACGGUGUUGAUGCAAUCAGAGGAAGUGACUUGUCUUCAGGUCCUUAAAGAUGACAAAUGGAUUGCCGUUCAUCCACUCCCAAAUGCAUUUGUUAUCAAUCUUGGUGAUCAACUAGAGGUUCUGAGUAAUGGAAGAUUGAAGAGUGUGCACCACAGAGUUGUGACCAACAAAAUGCAGCAGAGGAUAUCAGUAGCUUUGUUCUAUGGACCAAACAUGGAGACUAUGAUUGGUCCCAUUGAAGAGUUGACCGAUGAACAAAACCCUCCUCUCUAUCGCAGUUAUACUUGUGCUGAGUUCCUUGAAGAAUUUAAAAGGCAAGCAGGUAAAAGGCCAAUGGUAAAGGAAGCUUUCCAGCUAAGAAGACAAUAACAAAAAUCAACGAGUUUGUUGACAAGAGAGAGUGUAAUGUGUAAUAAAUGGCAAAGUUUUCUUUAGCCACCCAUGUUUUUGCUUUCAAGUUUUUUAAACCCGAACUUGAUUAGGGUUCUUUCCAUUUUGUAAUUUUGUUAAUGUGAGUUUCAUCAACUAAACCAUUCAGAAUGUGUAGUCUCAAGCUGAAUGUAAUGUGAAGUUAUACUAAUAAUCAUUUUAUUGUUUUUUU